GUGGAUUCAGGAAUAUAUUCGACUACAGAAAGCGACUAUAAGGAAAUGAACUGGCUUUGUCAAUGCCCAACAUUUUCAAACCAUGACUAUUUCUGCUAGUCUCACAGCAAACAACAACAACAACAACAACAAUCUCUCUCUGUUCACAUCAUCAUCAAGACCCAUCAACUCAUUCAUCUCUGGAGCAUGCACUUGAAUAGCACUGUUGGCUUAUACUUCCCAGAUUCACAAAUCUUCAAUUGAAUUAUGCGUUCUUUCUUGGGCUGCUUUCGGUUGAAGAAAGCUGUACAUAAACCGGGGUCUGGAGAUCAUGCCAUUCUUGCUUCUGAAACAACUUUUACUGUAAAUGAAGUAGAGGCUUUGCAUGAUCUAUACAACAAACUAAGCAGUUCUAUAAUUGACGAUGGUCUUAUUCACAAGGAAGAGUUCCAACUUGCACUCUUCGACAACGGCAGCAAGCAAAGUCUCUUGGCAGACAGAUUAUUCGAUUUGUUUGACCUUAAGCAGAAUGGGGUUAUUGAAUUUGGAGAAUUUGUUAGAUCAUUAAGCAUCUUCCACCCAAAUGCUCCUGAAGCAGAAAAAGUUGCAUUUGUAUUCAGAUUGUAUGAUCUAAGGUGCACUGGCUACAUAGAGCGUGAUGAGUUGAAGGAGUUGGUAUUGGCUCUUCUGAACGAAUUGGAUUUGACACUUUCUAAUGAUGCGGUUGAAGCAAUUGUUGAUAAGGUGAAUGAAUAAUUUUAUUUGAG